CAGCCCCAAUUUAUACUAAGCUCCGUCAGCUCCUUUUCCUUUCUCUCAAUUAUAUGUCUUCUUCUUAAACAAAACCUUCUCAACGUAAAUUCCCAAUUUGGAGAACACAGUAGCGGUGGUUCCUUCUCACUCCGCUCCUUUCGGCGAAAUCGUCUCCCCCUUGCGUCGCCAGUGUGCUGCCGGCUUCGCCUCCUAUCUCAAUUUCACCAUUUGUUCCUUCCCAAAAUGGAGAAGAACAGCAGCUUCUUCCCCUUCCUCGGCGAAAGCGCCGUCUAACCAGAUCACUGGAGCUCCGCCAGCGCCAGCCGUCUCUCGGCUUUCUCUCCAAUUUCAAAUCGGUAAAUCUCUGAAAAAAAGAAAGGUAAUAUAGGAUGCAGAAUAAAAAAAAAAUUAGAAAAUAAACUCCAAAUUUAGCCAACUGGAUUUACCAAAAUGCCCUCUCACAUACUAUAAUGUUUUCCCGCCAAAAAGGGUAAAUACGUCUUUUCAUUAAACUGUCACUUUAUAUUAGUAUAGAUUUUCAACUUUCAAAAUUAAUAGUCCGUUGAUUGGAUAUGACAUGUGAUUAUAUGAAAUACUUGGUUCAUAUAUACAUCACUUUUUAUUGUUUUGAGCGAGUAAACAAACUCGACUACUCGAGGCUUAGCAAUUUGCGUUUUAUUAGUAUGAUUAAAUUAGAUAUUUGUAGCUUUCUAAUGGAAUAAAGCGUAGUAGUAUUUAUUACCAAGCACAAGUGUCAAGGAGACAACAAAAACGAAACCGUUCCUAAGAUUUUUUUAAAGUUUACAUUAUAAAAUUACUAUCUUUAGUAAAGUAGAAAAAAUCUCUCACUCCCUUUUGACAGUUUUAUGGAAUAAUUCUACUUUUAUUUUAUUCAUUUAGUUAAUAGUACUAAGAUGGAAUAAAGAAAAAUAUGAAACAAAAAUAUAAACCAGUUAUCAAUUCAUUCUACCCCCAUUCAAUUCCAGAAGGUCUAAGUAUACAACUAACCGCAAAAGCGCGGGUAUAUCUAAUCUAAUUAGUGAAAACCAAGCGUCUAGUUAGUUUUCAAUUUUUAUCAUUAAAAAUAAAUCAUCAGCCCAACUCUCUCCAGUUCACUCACCUCCUAUUUCGCGGCGGUUAUUCUAAAAUCGCGUCACCCAUCAGUCAGCAACUUGUCCUCGCGCAGCGCGAAUUGUACACAACUGUAAAACGCAAGCAUCGUCGUUGCUACCUUGAAUUAUAUGAGCUCCGCUCGUCCACUUCCACUCUAUCCUCAAAUGUAUAGAAUACAACACUCACAUUCCAUACAAACCCUCUCUCUCUAGAAAUCAAUGGAGUCGAGCUUAUCUUUGGCUCCGCAAGCAAUUUCAUUAAUCACAUGCUCUCCUGUUUUUUCGCCUCUCUCUUCUCGAGCCGUCGGACUCCUCCGCAGCGAGUUCAUCGGAAGCGGCCGCAAUCUCCGGUUGCCGCGGCCGAGAUGCAGGAAAUUAUGGCCGAAAUCCGAGUCUAGUUACGGUAAGUUUCUCUUCAGAGCGUCGCUCGACUCGCAAUCGAUUGCCGUCGUGGCCGCGGCGGUCGCAACCGUCUCUGCUGCAGCUGUUGUGUAUCUCGCUUAUAAAAGGAAACUGUUCGAUAUCAAUCAGAUGUCAGGAAGGCUAACACUAGCUCUAUCAGAGCAGAUAAAAUUUAUGACGCGCAGGAUUCUCACAGAUGCAAAGCACCUACGUUCGGGGAAGAAAGAAUCCACAAUAAAACAAUAUUCUAUGAAGGAAACUAGAGAAAAUAAUGGUGCUGAGAUCAAUUUUGGAGAAGCUAAUGUGAUUCCUGGAGGUGCUCUCGUAGUAGAGGCACCAGAAGAGUUUAAAUUAAGCAGCAUAGCUCCAGCAGUUAACGGUUGCUUAACGUCAUUGGCAUCUGAGGCUCUGGAGAUAUCACCAUCUGUGCCGUCUGUUGUUUCUGAAUAUGAUUUUCCAGCAUUUGUUGAUGAAGUUCGUGAAGUGCAACAAAAUGCACAUGAACUCUCCCAUUCAGUUGCUUACGAUUUGUCAGUUCCAAUAACACAGACGAAUUUGGGUGUUUGUGCAUCUUUAGCAGAUCAAAUGCAAGAAGAAACGGAUAAAGUUGGUGGACUAAAUCUUACAAAUGUUGGAGAAAGUGGCGGGAACAACUUGGACCACAUUUUUAGAAGCUCUCCACGUAGAGAGCUGCACACGGUUACUGGGACUUCUUUGGAGAAGUUGGAUAAUCUGGAAGAGUUGUCGUCUUGCGCUACCCUUCAAAGAUUCAGCUGCUAUUCAUCCCUUCGUAACAUGGGUGGGGGAUCAGGUCUUACUGGACGAAAUGUUGUCUUACCUAUAGAGAAGCUUGAAGAGGAAAGGCCUACGAGAUAUUACGAUCAGGUCUUUCUCUACAAGAAGGACUCAAGAAACCAGAGGAGAUCAAGGAAAACGGAAAAACAGAUUUCGCAUACAGAUGGAACCAAACACUUGCCUCCAUCUUUUGAUCCCGAGCAGAAACAUGACAACAACAAACAUAAUCCUUCGUGGCAAUUACGUGUUUACGAGCAACUCCUGAGGGAAGGCAGGUUAAAUGAAUGCAUUGAGUUGCUUGAAGAUAUGGACGGAAAUGGUUCAUUUGAUAUGGAUAAGAUUUACCACUCCAGAUUUUUCAAUGUCUGCAAACGCCAGAAGGCAGUCAAGGUGGCAUUUCGUUUUACCAGGCUCAUCCGAAAUCCAACUCUGAGCACAUUUAAUAUGCUUAUGUCUGUUUGUGCAAGCUCUCAAGAUUCAGAAGGUGCCUUUCAGAUUCUACAACUUGUUCAGGAAGCUGCAUUAAAUGCUGACUGCAAACUAUACACAACGUUAAUAUCAACUUGUGCUAAAAGUGGUAAAGUGGAUACGAUGUUCAAGGUUUUCCAUGAAAUGGUAAAUGGUGGAGUUGAACCAAAUCUUCACACAUAUGGUGCACUCAUUGAUGGUUGUGCAAAAGCAGGGCAAGUUGCUAAGGCGUUCGGGGCCUACGGAAUACUCAGAUCAAAGAAUGUAAAGCCAGACCGAGUAGUUUUCAAUGCGCUUAUCACUGCAUGUGGUCAAUCAGGAGCAGUUGACCGUGCAUUUGACGUGUUAGCUGAAAUGAGAGCAGAGUUACAACCAAUAGACCCUGAUCAUGUCACUGUGGGUGCUCUGAUGAAGGCGUGUGCUAGUGCCGGACAGACUGAUCGAGCCAGAGAGGUGUACAAUAUGAUUCAUCAGUAUGAUAUCCGUGGCACUGCUGAGCUUUACACUAUUGCUGUGAAUAACUGCAGUCAUCGUGGUGAUUGGGAGUUUGCUUGUAGUGUAUAUGACGACAUGAUCCGGAAAGGUGUCGCUCCUGAUGAGAUGUUUAUCAGCGCAUUGAUAGAUGUAGCAGGGCAUGCUGGGAAAGUGGAUGCUGCAUUUGAAAUUCUACAAGAAGCUAGGGCAAAGGGAAUGCAUGUUGGGAUCAUAUCUUAUAGCUCCUUGAUGGGAGCAUGCAGCAAAGCUAGAGACUGGCAAAAGGCACUGGAACUGUAUGGGGACAUUAAGAGGUCUACUCUGGAGCCUGGAGUGUCACUAAUGAAUGCCUUGAUAACUGCUUUGUGUGAUGCAGAUCAACUGCAAAAGGCCUUGGAAAUCUUAUCUGAGAUGAAGAGCACUGGUGUAUGCCCAAAUAUCAUAACUUACUCUGUUCUUUUAGUGGCAAGUGAAAAAAAGGAUGAUCUAGAAGCUGGCCUCAAGCUUUUUUCUCAAGCAAAACAGGAUUCUGUAGCUCUAAACCUUGUAAUGUGCCGGUGUCUCAUAGCUAUGUGCCUGCGGAGGUUCCAAGCCGAUUGCUCAGCUGGCGAGCCUGUUCUAUCUUUCACCUCUGGGCAUGUUCAGCUUAAUAGUAAAUGGACAUCCUUGGCCCUAAUGGUGUAUAGGGAAACAAUUGUAGCUGGUGUAGCACCUAGGAUGGAUGAACUUUCACUUGUUUUGGGUUGCCUUAAGUUGCCUCAUGGUAUAUCUGUGCGAAAUAGACUCAUUGAGAAUAUUGGAUAUAAUAGUGGCCCAUCAAAAGGUGCAAAUGUAUGUUCAUUGAUUAAUGGGUUUGGGGAAUAUGAUGCUCGUGCUUUUUCUUUGGUUGAGGAAGCUACUUCUCUUGGAGUUAUACCAUUAACCUCUAUGAAAGACAGCCUCAUAGUUGUUGAUUUGAGAAAUUUUCAGGUUCACACAGCUGCGGUGUACCUCUUGACAGUUCUAAAAGGUCUCAAGCAUCGUUUGGCUGCUGGUGUUAAGGCUCCCAAUUUAAGUAUUCUACUGCCAUUAGAAAAGGCACAAAUUCAAACUUCUGCAGGGCAGACGGAGAUUAAUAUGGCUGGCAGGGUAAGCCAAGAAGUCGCAGCACUAUUGAGGAGACUUGGGCUAUCUUAUCAAGGAAACGGAUCUUACGGAAAGAUCCGCAUAAAUGGCAUUACCAUAAGAAAGUGGUUUCAGCCAAAGCUUGGUUCUCCUUUCACUGAAAAAAAAAUGGAACUUAGCUCAUCCCUAACAAAUCUAGCUUCAGGCAUAAAUCGCCAAAGAAGUAAAAUCAGAACCGUUCACUUGUCGCUGGAAUAAGGUCCACAGCUUUGAUGCAGUUCAUGUGUGCAGGGUUAACACUCUUGAUGUGGUGGAAGUUUUUUCUAGAAAGAUCAGCACAACUUUAGUUCAAAAAGAGUGAGAAUUGUAAGGGAAAUGGAGAUUUUUCCAAAAUUGUCUCCAUGUGCUAGCUGAGAAACCUUGCAUUUUUCUACCUGUAGUAGCUGCCCUAGACUGUAGAUUACGCAGAUGGUUUUGUGCUGGUCAGAGUGAUGCAGCUUUGCUAUUGGUUUCUAUAUUCUGGGGGAAUUUUGUAACAUAAAUUUGAAUUGUAUAGCAGCAAUAAUGUGAGGAUGAAUCUAGAGUCAGUAGACUACUAUCUACUGUAUAUAAGGGCUCUUUAAGUCCUUGAUUUACAAUGUAGACCUUACUCGUUUUGUAUGAUAUAUAUAUCUGCUGUAUUUCUACCA